UUCAAAAAACAAGGUUCGGCCAGAGAAAGGAAGGGCUUUAAUGCAUAAAACACCCCAAAGCGCCUGCUUAGUUUCUCUCUCCUCUCUCUCUCUCUCGUGCCUAGUUUAUAAUUUCUAAUUCUUCGAAGAGAGAGAAAAGUUCACCACUGUCCUCUUUCCUCUCUAAGUCUGUUCUUAGCAUUUUGACGAAUCCUAGAGUCUCUAUGUACAAGCAACAAACAGGUGGCAUUGCUGAUGAAUAACUCAAGCUUGAAGAUGGCUUCAUUGUUAUUUUUGGGCCUGAUGUUGAUCUUUAUCUUGCCUUGUUCAAGAGGAUUCACUGACCCACGAGAUGUAUUUGCUAUAAACGGUUUCUAUGUAAAUAUGGGUUUUCCUCUCCUUCCUGGAUGGAGAAUUGGAGGAGACCCGUGUCUUGAAGGCUGGCAAGGAGUCGAAUGUGUCAACUCAAACAUAACGGCAAUAAUCCUCAAUGGUGCAAAUUUGAUGGGACAGUUGACUGAAUCACUAGGGGUUUUCGUGUCAAUAAUAACAUUAGAUCUGAGCAAUAACCAUAUCAGUGGAACCAUACCAGAGAAUUUGCCUGUUACUCUUAGGAGAUUUUUUCUUUCAGCCAACAAUUUCACAGGGCCCAUCCCGAGUUCUUUAUCAACUUUAACACUUCUAACAGAUAUGGCAGUCAAUGACAAUCUUUUAGAAGGAGAUUUGCCUGAUGUUUUCCAGCCUCUCGCUGGUCUAGUCAAUUUGGAUAUAUCUUCUAACAACUUGAGCGGUCAAUUGCCACCCUCCAUGGGAAAUUUAUCGUCCCUAUCUACAUUGCAUGUGCAAAAUAAUCACCUAUCAGGAAUGCUUAAUGUAUUACAAGAUCUUCCCCUUGAAAAUUUGAAUAUAGAGAAUAACCUAUUCUCCGGACCUAUUCCUCCGAAGUUGCUAACAAUUCCAGACUUCAAAAAGGAUGGAAACCCAUUUAAUACUACUAUCUCUCCAUCACCAGCUCCUAUCCUCCCAUCACCAGCUUCUGCAUCUCCACCAUUUCCUGUUGUAGGAGCACCUGUUCCUUCUGCUGGCAUUAUAGCUAAUAGUAUCCCUUAUGGGAAAAGUGACAGGAAGAAAGCCACAAUGGUUGUUAUUUAUGCAGCUAUUGCGGUAGCCUCUGUUAUCAUAUCAGUGCUUAUGAUCACUAUUUGUAUAUCAAAGUCACGAAAAAAGCAAAAGGACGAGGAGAUUCCAGUGAUGCACAAAGGGAAGGGGCAAGAAAAGAUGAACGUGUCUAUGCACAAUGCAAACUUGAAUAUGCUAAGUGUUGGUCAAAAGGAUAAGCCUGAGAAGCAGAAAGAACAUGAGAUCGAUAUGGCAAGAACUAAUGUGAUUAUGAUGCCGCCUCUUGCUGAAAAAAUUAUUGUAGAGCCCAUCGUUCCUCCUGAAAAGAUUCCAUCCUCCGCUUCCCAAAAUUUAAAUUCCCAAUCAAUAUCGUCCUUCUCAGUUUCAUUUCUUCAGCAAUAUACACACAGUUUUGCAGAAGAAAAUUUGAUUAGCAAGGAUAAAUUGACUAAAGUGUAUUUAGCCGAGUUUCCGGAUGGAAAGCUUUUGACAGUUACAAAGCUUGAAACUGCAAAUUUGAAAAUACCAACGGAUGAGUUUCUUGAGCUGGUAUUGAGGACUUCAUUACUUCGACAUCCUAAUAUACUCGAGCUUGUGGGUUACUGUAUGGAGUAUGAGCAGCGGUUACUUGUCUAUAACUACUUUAGUACAAGGACCCUGCAUGACAUUCUUCACUCUAAAGAUGAUUUCAAGAAGAAACUAUCAUGGAAUGCUCGUGUGGACAUAACGCUCGGUGCUGCUAGAGCUUUAGAGUAUCUCCAUGAGGGAUGUCGACCACCAGUCAUACAUCAGAAUUUUGACUCAGCCAAAAUUCUUCUUGAUGAUCGGUGUAGUGUCCGUGUUUCUCAAUGUGGCUUUGCUUCGUUGAUACUAUCCAAUUCUAUGGGUCAGAUACAUGAAUUACCAAACUAUGAGACUCCAGAAGUUAAUGAUAUUGGAUCAUACACCGACAAGAGUGAUGUUUACAGCUUUGGAGUGGUCAUGUUAGAACUCCUCACUGGACGAAAACCCUAUGAGAGCUCAAGACCUCGGGAGCAGCGAUAUCUAGUGAGAUGGGCCAGUUCACAGUUAUAUGACAUCAAUGCUUUAUCCAGAAUCGUGGAUCCUUCCAUAGAUGGAAAACUUCCUAUGAAAUCAUUGUCAAGGUUUGCAGAUAUUAUAAGUCGUUGUGUUCAGCAACAGCCGGAGUUCAGACCUCCAAUGUCCGAGGUUGUCCAAGAUCUUACUCGCAUGAUAGAAGAUGCAAGGAGUAUGCAAACGUAACCCCUACUAUCUCACUACAGAGGAAAGAAAGCAGAAAAAUCACAAGACUGUAUCAUUUCUCUAACAAGUGAUACUUGGAUUGCUGUUUCAGCAUUCUUGGGCAUGAGCCUAAGAGAUUCAUGGCGGAUGUAAUUAUUUACAAAAUUCUAGUUUUCCCCUAUGUUGAUGUAGAUCUUACCGAGGGUGUGAAUAGUUAUGAGCAGAACUCUUGAGAUUUUGUAUGAUUUUUUUGCAUUUACUGUUCUAUUUCAAUUAUGGCCAGCCUCCA